GGAAAAGUGGGAAUGGGAUUCAAGGGAAGGGAUAUCAACCUUAAGGAACGGAAUGGAAAAAAGCUCGUUGUACUAGAAAGGAAAACUGAAGACUGAAACUUUCUAUCGAUUCGUCUUCCAACGAUGGAUAUAGUUAAAGAGAGAAAUAGACAAGUGGAGUUUGUUGAUCUGAAUGGUCCUCGCAUUUGGUCACCUGAUUUUGAUCACAAGGAAAACAAGAGGAGAAUCCUUGUUAUCCCAUUCAGGUUACCAAAUACCAAAACCAUACAUGACCUUCUGGUUCAUAAAAAGAAAGUCCGGAAAAACGGAGAAUCAGCUACUUCGACGAUUGCAAGCUGACGGAAGACAAAUCUUAAGGGGUGGACACCAGUAUCACAUCAUGCAGUCGUUUUUUAUCUAUCAUUUUGCAGUCGUGUCUUAGGUGGUGUCUACGAUGAUCAAGAGCGGUCACACUUUUCGGAGAGGCACACUCAUGCUAUUAGAUCGAUACGGGUAAACAGUAACAUUGUUAGAGCUCCCUCCGCGAUACAGGCCAACGCUUAAACCACUAAGGCAACUGCGCAGUUUGUUCAGUGGUUUGGACGCUGGCCUGUUCACUGAAAUCACUCUCGCCGCUACGGUUACCGCGACUAGGGUUAGCAUCAAGGACCACAGAAUCAACAUGAAGUAUAUGAGAUAUUUUUUUAUGUAACUUAUAACAAACUACCAUUAACAACCUCAACUGCUAAGCUAAAGGGAAUCCCAUAAACGAUCCAGAGCGCUCUUUUGGAGAGGGGUUGCAGACGGCUGAGCGGCAGCUCAUCGCUCCUGCAAAGUGCAGUCUAUUAUGCCAAAUUAGUGAGUAUAAGUAAAACAAUUUGAACUAGAAGAACGACGAACCGAAGUACUCGCUUUGAUAGUAUUUAUCCUUGUGACAACUUCUGAGGCUAAGUAAAACAGCCGGCUAGUUUUCACCUCGAUCACAUUCGUAGGCUUAUCCCGUGCAACAAAAUCCUUGUGACAACUUCUGAGGCUUAAGCUUAGGUCCAGCGACGCUCAAAGCUCAUAAAAAGAACAGUACCCGCUUAUUUUCCCUCGUCUUACAGGUUAAGUAAUCCCUUAGACCAAGCAGAAGGAUAUCGCUGUAACAACUCGGUGGUCCGUUGUGAGCACUACUAUCUAGGAAAAAAAUAACAACAAGCCAAAGCCAAUUUAGACCUAGAUCACAUUAUGGCAAGUACUAGCGUACGGGACCCUCUAACUUUCUGGAUUUCGCCAUUGGACCACAUCCUUUGGCUUGUUCACAAACAGCUUCGGAAAGCGUGGCAGACAGCUCGUUUUGGAGCCAAGAAAAUGAACGAGUUUGUCCAAGCACUCGCUGGACCCGACCACUGCAGCGUAGUAGAUUUAUGACUCCACUUAAGAUGUAGUGAGGUUCAGCAUUGUCGAAGUCGAUGAUCUUUAGAUGAACAAGUCGAAUUUUUUUUGAGCAAGUCAGGUCAUGAAGAAGACAUGAACGAAGUAUUUCAGCAUAACAUCUCUUGGAUUAGAGCGGAUUCUUAAGUUUUGAUUCCCUUCGUCCUUCCCUUCCCUCUUUGCACUUUCUGUACCCCUGGAUUGGGUGCACUACUACUGCUAGUACUACUCCUACUACUAUUCUUGCGCUUGGAUGGAGUGUGGGUGUGUGUACAACGUGAUACUUGUUUACUUAUCAAAGCCAAAAUUCUAUUUUAAUCAUCUAUGCUGCGAGCGUCUAAUGAGUGAGGCAGUGCACAGCUCGGUGGCAGCAGUUCUCAAGAGGGCUGGUCUUGAAAGCGUGAAGUUGAGCCUUCAACAAGGAGCAAAGAACACGGUAGAGAUCGAUCUUAUUCGGGCAGCUUUGUUAUGGCCACUUUAUACUGUACUAUCAAUCCACCUAAAAAUAUUCUACUGCAUCGGUCGUGAUCAAGAACGAUGCAGCCUUCUAGGCUCAUUGAUAAUCGUGAUGAUGUAUCCAAUCCGCGUAGUCUUAGACUGUAUUCUGAAGAAAAUAGCCGGUCCAUUUUCUCUUGUCUUAGUUCCUUUACUCUUCAAUGUGAGAAUAUUUAUUAUUGUGUAAGCAACCCACACAGUUUUAAUCGCAGAAGAACGUGGUUGCACCGGUGGCAAAAAGAAGGCAACGACGACUGAAGGGAAGCCAACCCUGGGAGCGAUCGUCCUGAUUUUGCUUGAAUUAUGAUCUUGCUGGGUAACUGAGAGGAAAUUGAAUUUUUUAAAAAGGUGAACUGGGACGCAUGUACUGUAGCUCUACUUGUUCUACAAGUCACUUACUAGUUUUGCUUGAUCUUGUCUAGAGAGUGCCCAAUCAAUACAAAAGCGCAUACAUCAAUGUCAUGACAUUGUCGCGAACCUAUACUACAAAGAACUACCUGCCUACUUGUUGUACUUCUGUUCUAAUAAAACGGCGGUUUUGUUCGGACUCACCCUUGCAGAGUCGGAACGAGGAAGAGACGACCAAAGCAGCGACUACAGGCGACAUAGACGAGGUAUGAGAGGCAAGUAUGUUUUCUGCAAGGUUGGAUCUGUAAUUACAUGUUGUUCUAGUUGUACCUGCUAACCACCGAUUAUUACAGCCAACCAGGACUUAACAGUACUAAGUUAUUUUCUGCUACCUCCACUAAGGGAAUGUGAAUGCUGCAGCACCAAGUAUGAUGUUGACAUGUCAUAACGCGCAUCAACAAAACACAAGUUUAACCCAUAUUUUGUUCUCAUGUUAAUUGGAGAAACAGAAGCUUCGCACUGCUGCCAUCAACUUGGCACAGGGAGAGCAGAAGUCUGGCAUGGACCGAUUUCUGGGACAUAUAAGGAUGAGCGGAGUUUUCAUUAUGCCAUAACAUGGGUCAGCCACAAAGAGUAAAAAAACGGAAAUUACUUAGUAACGCCGACUCGUCCACGUCUAUAUAAUCAUACUCUGUAUUUUUACAUCCCCUUUUGCUGCAGCCUAGGUAGAGUUCAUGUUUUUCUCAUUUUCUGUCUCUCUAAUUAGUGUUUUUCUCGUCUGACUUUUGUGCGAGUGCUGAUGGAAGGGACGUCGUUCACCGUAAAGCACGCGUGGAAAGGAAAAAUCUCGCUAGCAGACGCUCUGAAGCUUACUAACCGUAUUGCAGAGUUAAGCUGUCAAACCUAAAAAGUAAUAUGUUGUAUUAAGUGAGCGACUUCAUCUAGUACUAUCUGAGUUUAUCUCUUACCAGUAGCAUCAAUCUGAGUUCAAGCACCUCCUAUCUGAAAAUCAAAUUGUCUCUUAUACAUAAUUCUACCCUACUUCACACGAUUUCUUCUACCUAGCGCUCCAUCGUGUCCCUAUCUCGAUUUCCCACUCUAAUGCAACAAGCUAAAGUUUUGCAAAGGGGCAUAACCGGUACGUCCACUGUGGGAAAAUCUGUC